AUGUGGGAUUCCGUCGAUGCGAGUGAAAUAAGGGCGCUACUGCAUGAGUUGGAGGGCGUCGUCAGCACCCCCAUCUCGGCUAACGAGGAGGGCGAUCGCCCUUUUUCGCGGCGCGAGCGUGGCUCAAGCGACGUGGAUGGUGUUGUCUCCCGCUAUUCUGCCCAGUUUGGUCAGCCAAAGUUCUCGACAUACGCGGACACAACAAACGACAGUCGACGUGCGGUGGUCCCGCUGUGGGAACGACUGCCACCGUUGAAUACUGGGGAUGCCGCAUCGCCUGGAAAGGGUGUGGCAGCUGCGUCGACGAAGGGGUUUCUUCGCCCCAAGCUUGUUGGGGGCGAGGUGGGAGCCUUACUUCAGCGGAUGCCUUUGGAGGGGAGAGGCGAUGUCGCCGACCCUUUACAACAGCACACAGAAGGGUUUCAGCAGCCGGAUUUGUCGCCGCAGCAACCGGAGCCGCGGGCGGAGGGAAAAUUGCCCACUUCACCGUCAAAGUUGCCGGUGGCGCACGACGUCGGCGAAGCCGUUCAAAGGGAAGUUAAUUUUCUGCCGCUCAUGUGUGCCAGAUACAUGAACCCUGCAGGCAUCACCCCUCGUGCCCGCUGGGGGCACACCUUGACACCAAUGCAGGGGCACAAGCUGCUUCUUUUCGGUGGAAUGGACAUAGAGGAGGGUGAAGCGGCGUCUCUCUUUGAAUAUGACACACAACAUAUUUCAUGGGAUCCUGUUUUUGUCUCCAAUGGAGUAAUUCCUGCCGCUCGAACAAACCACGCGGCAUGUGCUUCUGGUGGGCGGUGGUUGUACAUCAGUGGGGGAACAACGGACCGUGGAACGCGCAUUCUUGGCGACCUCUACUGCUUCGAUACUUGCGUCCAGGAGUGGCGGUGUCUCUGGGAGUACAGCAGCAUAUCCGUGCAGAACAAAAACGAGCCGACCCCGCGUUUUGGACACUCGAUGGUGAUUCGGGAUGAUCGCUUGUAUAUUUUUGGUGGAAGAACACUGAGGCGAGAUCAAAGGGUUUCGCACGGUGCACAGCAUCUUACUUUGGCAUCGAUGGAUGUUUAUGUUUUUUCAUUAAAUAGCCACAAGUGGAGAAGACGCAUUCACGCAGGGAAAGCCACUGCGGCGAAUGGCGACGAGAAGAACAUUCCGGCAACGGUAACCUCAGAGCAGGACCCGCCAUCCAUCGCAGCUGAAGUGAGUCCAUUAAAGGAUGUUGUGGCAGAGCGACUUGCACAGCGCUCCUUUCAUGCGGCCUGUGUCCUUGGUGAUUGCAUGUACAUCAAUGGGGGAACCGGCGACGGCGGGGGCAUCUUGAGCGAUACAUGGGUUCUAGACCUAAGGAAGCAGCAGUGGUCCUUGCUUCACAACGGUGUGAGUGCGGACGCCUUUCCUAGGGAAAAACAUCAUCUUUUUGCAUGCGGCGAGGCCUUGCUGGUGGUCGGUGGAUGCAGCACAAGCGGUCACAGCAAACGUGUCACGCUAAAAUAUCACAAUUUCGUCGCGGUUUUGCCACUUGUAAGCGACGCCGCUCCAUGCUGGAUCCCAGUGGCAAUGGGGAAUAUCUCCAUUGUGGCCCCUAAUAAGAAGUCCUUUGGUGCGGCCUUCAGUGGUGGGUUUGUACACGUCUUUGGCGGGGCAUCAGGCAGCGAGCCCGCGUCAAACACGAUGAUUCGCUUUCUCGCGGCGGAUGGAUACUUUGAGAUAGACUCGCGUUCUUCGGCGGCGUCAAACGCGGCCGCCCUCACCGCGGUGAUGCACCGCGUACGUGAAAACGGCAUCACUAGCAUGUUCGACACGUACGUUCUGCCGCGUUGCUGGGAUGGGGAAACGGUAAUCGAUACGGCGAGUUACCGAAAGUACGGUGUGCAUCGCGCUCUUCUGCAGCAACGUGCCGCCAAGUUCUGGGAGGAUCUCACUCGCUGUCGCACGGAACAUGUUAGGCCCGUUGGAAAUAAUAACAUUGUGGGAUCUUCGCUUGAAUUGGCUGCCUCUCCAAGCACUGCGUCCAUGCCACUGUCAACAUCUUCGGCACCAGCAGCAGUGGCACCAUCCUCGACGGCGGCCGGGGGCACACGCCAGAGCCACGCUGUUGCGUACUAUACGGAGGGCAAUUCGAGGAUUCAAGGACUUUCGGUGCCGCUGUCAGCUGACCAGCUGGAGUGUUUACUGGAUUAUAUUUACUGGGGAGAUGUGCGACACCACAUUAUCCUGGAGCAGGAGGAAGAAGAAGAGGAGGAGGAUGCUGAGGACGCAAAUGACUUUGGGCAGAGGCAUGCUAUGCAGGAGGAAGGGAAAACCUUGCAGGCCCUACGACGCGCUGCAGACGCAUACGGGCUACUACCACUCAUGGAUAUCUGCGAUGCUCUGCUUGCACGUAGUCGUAAGAAACUGAACCAGGCACAUGAACGCAGUAUGCAGCUUUUGCAAACCGACCUGUUGUCCCUCUUGGAGAGCGCCAACUCUGCAACAGUAACGGUUCUUUUUGUGGAUCCGCAUACCAAACAAAAAAGCGUUUACUCGCUCCAUCCGUUCAUUCUUGUGGCUGCAAGUUCUUUUUUUAACGACCUCCUAAGGCCGUUGUUGACUGGGGAAAAGACAACGUUUCAGGUGGGUCCCGUUGCGGCCAAAAUGAAAGGCGCUGGUCGUGGUCCUUCACAGACGCGACGGGAUAUUCUGGUGGGGCCGGUGUCUGUGCCCCAUUUGGCCGUUCAACCGCUGUUGCGGUUCUUCUAUACGCAGAGGCUCACUGUCCCGCGUGAGGCGGUGUUUGCGACCUUGUUAGGUUCUUACUCGUUGGAUGUUGCACCGCUUCAGGCGUACUGUGAGUCCAUCUUGGCGCGGGAGGAGGUGAACUACGAUACCGCGGCGCAGUUUUACUCCUUGGCGGGCAGGUACAAUGCCCCACUUCUACAGGAAACCGCUCUCCUUACGGCCGUGUUGGGCCAUGCAGAGGUGUGCCGGUCGCCGGCCUACAAGUUGCUGGGUGAAAAGGAGGCGCAUGAGAUAGAUGCGGUGGCGCUUGAGCUCGGGGCAGCGUCGUGGAUCGCCCCAGCACAGUCAGUGAGUGAAGUUAAGCCCUCCGCGGUGUACCAACUCCGAUGGAAUGCGUCAUCGCCGUGA